UUCUGUAUCUAUUUUCUUUCACCGUUAUCAUACUUUUAUAGUACAGCCACUUCAUUUAUCUGUUAUCCUUGCUGUUGAAUUUCUUGAAAUAUGGCAUUGGAGGUUAAUGAUCAAAAGUAGUAGUCAGCAUAUAAAUUGUGACAUUGAAAUUGGACCAUAAAAUAGGUUGAAUAAUUAGCUGGUGUUAGAUCAUUUUAAGCAUGGGAAUUCUGUGCACACUCACAAGGUGUCUUGUCCAUGCAGUUGCUAAAAUGAAACAUAACUUGCAUACGUAGAAGUUGAAAGUUCUUGGAAAUUUCUCCCGGUUAAUAGAUCGAUCAGGUCCAUACUAAAUAUUAUUCCCCGAUGAAUACACGAUACUUUCUUACACCAGUGUCGCUUUGCCAUUCGAGCAUUAUUGUAUCAUUCCCACCAAUUAUUUCAGCAGCAGCAGGAGAUGAAAGAAUGUCUAGCGUGGGUGGAACUAGAAACAGGUCUAUUCUCCCUUCUUCAUUAUUAGUAAGAAUGGCGAUGAGAAUAUCAAGAGCAAGGUGGUUUAGUUUCCUAAGAAGGGUUUUCCACUACCAGAAUGGCUCAAGAUCUGAUCUUGGAUCAAAUCCCUUAAAUUCAAUGACUUGGAUGAUGAUGGAGUGCAUUGCAUUAAGUGUCCAAAUAAUUAUUGCCUCAUAUACACUGGCUGUUUCAAAGGAAGAGAAGCCAGUUUGGCCAAUGAAGAUAUGGGUGUUGGGAUAUGCCUUUGGCUGUAUUAUUAGUGUCAUGUUGCUUUACUGGCGCUACUGGGCAUUCUAUGUGAGGCCACAAAGAGAUGAUUCUGACAUGGAGCAACAAAGAAGCCAUGAUGAAUAUUCCAGGGCAUUGCAUGUGAUGGAGAUAUUGAGGACUGGUGUUGAGCUAUUCUUUGCCAUAUGGUUUGUGAUGGGGAAUGUUUGGGUGUUCGAAUCGCGGUUUCUGUCUUACCAUCGUGCUCCUAAACUUCACUUGCUCUGCAUCUCACUGCUUACUUGGAAUGCUGUCGCCUACUCUUUCCCCUUCCUAUUGUUUCUAUUGUUGUGCUGCUGUGUCCCAAUUUUGAGUAGCUUUUUAGGCUACAACAUGAACAUGGGAUCCGUAGAUCGAGGGGCUUCUGAUGAACAACUCUCCAGUCUACCCAGUUGGAAGUACAAGGAAAGUGGAAAAAAGGAACAACCCAAAUAUUCGGGUGUGGAAAAUGAAAAUGAAAAUGUGGAAUGUUGUAUAUGCUUAGCAAAGUACGGAGAUAAGGAAGAGAUCAGACAAUUGCCUUGCUCUCAUAUAUUUCAUCUUAAGUGUGUGGACCAAUGGCUUAGAAUUAUAUCUUGCUGCCCUCUCUGCAAACAAGAACUGGAGAGGUAAAAAUGCAUGAAAAGCUCCUCAAGCUUUAUACUUCAUGUAUUUUUUGCAUACUUUCUCCCGUUUUCUCUCUU